AUGGCGACCCACUACGGCCGCCACCUCGAGCGACUCGAGCGCGGCGAGCCCCUCGAAGCCAACGCGUUACUAGCGCUCUGCGAGCGCGUCAAAGACCUGCUGGUCAACGAAGACAACGUCGUGGCCGUCCCGUCGCCCGUGGCCGUCUGCGGGGACCUCCACGGCCAGUUCCACGACCUCCUCGAGCUCUUCAAGUUAUCCGGCCCAGCGCCCGAGACGAGUUACGUCUUCCUGGGAGACUUUGUCGACCGCGGCGCCAUGAGCGUCGAGACCAUUUCGCUACUGUGCGUCCUCAAGGCGAGAGACCCCGACCGAGUGACGCUCUUGCGGGGCAACCACGAGUCGCGGCAGACGACGCAGGUCUAUGGGUUCCAGCUCGAGUGCCUCAAGAAAUACGACGGCGACGCGCGGAUCUACAAGGCGUUCAUGGACCUCUUUGACUUCCUCCCGCUUGGCGCGCUCAUCGACGAGCGGCUCUUGUGUCUCCAUGGCGGACUCAGUCCCGCGCUGCAUCACUUGGACCAGCUCCGGAUGCUCCAUCGGUUCCAAGAGAUCCCGCCCGACGGCAUCUUUGCGGACAUUGUCUGGUCCGAUCCAGAUGCCAAGACCCUGGGCUUCCACAUGUCGCCACGGGGAGCGGGAUACAUUUUCGGGGAAGACGUGGUCGAGAAGUUCUUGCACACGAACAAGCUCAUGCACAUGGCGAGGGCCCAUCAGUUGUGUAUGGAGGGCUUCCAAGUGCUGUUUCGAGAGACGUUCUCGACGGUGUGGAGCGCACCGAACUAUUGCCACCGGUUUGGCAAUCUUGCCGCAGUCAUGGCUGUUGAUGACCACCUUGAGCGCACGUACAAGACGUUCAAAGAGGCGGCGUCGUCCAGGAACAUUGGCGUACUGGACAACAAGGGCACCACGAGCUCGGACGCAAUCGACGCAGGGUACUUCACGUGA